AUGGCAGCCACAACUUUAGAGGAUAAGUCGAUAUGGGCCGGCGAAGAGAGUGACGUGAUGCGUAUAUCCCACGAGCUUCAGGCGCAGAAUGACAAAAUAAAAGAAAACACCGAGAAGAUAAAAGUAAACAAAACUCUUCCGUACUUAGUGUCAAACGUCAUCGAAUUAUUAGACGUGGACCCUCAGGACAUGGGUGAAGAGGACGGCGCGGUGGUUGACUUGGACUCUCAGCGCAAAGGUAAGUGCGCUGUGAUAAAAACGUCCACCAGGCAGACGUACUUCUUGCCAGCGAUCGGGUUGGUCGAUGCAGACUCGCUGAAGCCAGGUGACCUGGUGGGAGUCAACAAAGACAGCUACCUGGUGUUGGAGACCCUUCCAGCUGAGUACGACGCCAGAGUGAAGGCCAUGGAGGUUGACGAGCGGCCAACGGAGCAGUACUCCGACAUUGGAGGCCUGGACAAGCAGAUCCAGGAGCUGAUUGAAGCCGUGGUGCUCCCGAUGACUCACAAGGAGAAGUUCCAGAACCUGGGGAUCCAACCACCCAAGGGAGUCUUGCUCUACGGGCCGCCUGGUACUGGUAAGACUCUCCUGGCUCGUGCCUGUGCUGCACAGACCAAGUCUACUUUCUUGAAGCUCGCCGGGCCUCAGUUGGUACAGAUGUUCAUUGGAGAUGGUGCCAAGCUUGUCAGAGACGCUUUCUCUUUGGCCAAAGAAAAAUCUCCGGCGAUUAUUUUUAUUGAUGAGCUGGAUGCUAUUGGUACCAAACGUUUCGACUCUGAGAAGGCUGGAGAUCGAGAGGUACAGAGGACUAUGUUGGAGCUGCUGAACCAGUUGGAUGGAUUUAGUUCCACAGCGGACAUCAAAGUUAUCGCUGCGACGAAUCGGGUUGAUAUUUUGGAUCCUGCUUUGCUGCGAUCAGGACGCUUAUCGUCGUCUGUGACUCCUCUUCUUGACUCUGAAAAAUAA